CCACGUUUGAACUCAGGAAGAUGAGUCAUCUAGGCUCUGUGCGCUCCCUAUUCGGACGCCUAAUUAACUGUCCGAGGAGUCUAGAUGACUUGCCUUCGAAUCCACCCUCGGACCUUGGCUGUUUAAGCUUGGGGAUGGGGCGUAACCGCCGCCUGCCUCAGUUUCCCCAUCCAUAAAAUACACCCACUUCCCAGGGGGGACGUAAGGACAAGAGGAGCCAACGGAGGUGAAGCGUUUUGCGAAGCUUAAAGCCGUAGACAAACGCUACCUAGUGCUAUUAACCGGGAGUCCUUUGAAGAACUGCGCUGUUAAAAGAGCAAUAGAGGAAAGGAACGCCCGAACGAGCUUCAGAAGCCUCCUGUGACUUCUGUGACGCUAGCGACGUGGUGCCGCAGCCGACGCCGCACACCGCGUUUGUGGCCUCGUGACGUCUAGGAAGGUUCUGUUUCACCGGGGGAACGCCCGCCCCUUCUUUAGGCUACCCAAUCCCGAAGCCAAGCUCUCAUGUUGACGCUUCCGUUACCCAAUCACUGGGCACCUCCUCCUGGGCUUCGAGCCAGCUGUCGGAUGAUUUAUCUAGCGGUAGAAGAAAGAGCCCCUCGCCCUCCCUUCAGGAAUGUCAAUAGGCCGGAGGAAGAACUCGAUCUCGCGAGGUUGCCUCUUCCACGUCCCGCCUCCUUGUUCCCUCCCCAGGGGCCCCCGAGCGGGUCACGUGGAGGUCUUUCACCCUAUCAGCGGGUCGCAUGGUGGGGUCGCCGAGGUUCCCGCCAAAUACGAGCCGCGGCGGCUGGAGCGGCGGCGCCGGUGGGCGGGCGGGAGGGAGGGCGAGGAGCUGCCGCCGCGCGGGUCCCGCUUCACCGCCGCUGUGGUUGCUGCUGCCGCCGCCGCUGCCGCCGCCGCCUGAGGGGAACCCGCGCCCGCGCGCCGCGGCGAUGCUGGAGGAACCUGAGAGCCCGGCGCUCGGCCUGAGGGGGGUGGUGACAGCCAUGGAAUGCAAAGAUAGACCAGCUUUCCCAGCCAAGAAAUUAGUACAAGCUCGGUUGCCUUUCAAGAGAUUGAUUCCUGUACCAAAGGAGAAAACUGAUGGACACUCAGAUAGCAAGAAAUCAGAUUCUCAAAAUGUUUCUGUUGAAAGUAAAGUCUCUGAUUUAGAAACGUCUUUGGAGAACUUGGAAACUGACUGUCAGUUGAACUCUGGAGUGGAGCACACUUCAAAACUUGUGAAUGGGAAGGGUCCGUUAGAUAACUUUUUAACAAGGAAGGUGAAGAGCCAAAUUGGCCAACCUCUGGUCAUAAUUGAUUUGACAGAAGACUCUAAUGACAGACUGGGCAGUUCUAUGGACCACAGUAAAUUAAAUUCUGAAGCUUUUUCAUCUAGAGAGACUAUAAAUGGGAUCACAGAAAAAGACAAAGGUCUGAUGGGGCCAUCAGAUGCCAUUCAAAAUCACAAAGUAGCAAUAUCAGAGGAGCUCAGUUCAGAAGAUUCCUCUGCAACAUUUAAGGAUGAAGACUCAAAGAAAUCUUUAAAAUCUUUCCCUGAGUUGAUACAUCUUUCAAAAAUGUGCUCAGAAAACAAGCAGGACAAUUGGAGUGAAGUUGAGGGUAUCCUUUGUAAAGGGAAGGUUCCUGUGGUGGUCUUGCAGGAUAUCCUGACUGUUAAACCACUUCCAGUGGCAUCUUUGGAUAAGAGCAUUACCUCUGAGAGUGAAGUCCUAGAAUUAUGCCCUGAAGAUGAUUCUGUACUUAGCCACUCCUCACUGAGUUCUCCCUCUUCCACUAGCUCCCCUGAAGGACCAUCUAUAGCUGAGAAAAAGAGCAUCAAUAUUAGUCCUUUACCUUCAGUCACACCUGUACAUAAGGUACCUCGGAAGCUGAUCAAAAGUUCAACAGAGAAGGGAAAGAUGAAAUUACAAAGAGAUAAGGAACGUUUGGAUAAACAGCUAAAGUUACAGGCAGAAAAGGAAGAAAAGGAGAAGCUGAAAGAGGAGGCUAAGCGAGCCAAGGAGGAAGCCAAGAAGAAGAAAGAGGAAGAGAAAGAACUGAAGGAGAAGGAAAGGCGAGAGAAGAAGGAAAAAGAUGAAAAAGAGAAGGCAGAAAAGCUGAGACUCAAAGAAGAAAAACGGAAGGAGAGACAGGAAGCACUGGAGGCUAAACUUGAAGAAAAAAGAAAGAAGGAAGAGGAGAAACGGUUAAAAGAGGAGGAAAAGCGCAUUAAAGCAGAGAAGGCAGAAAUCACCAGGUUCUUUCAGAAACCAAAGACGCCACAAGCCCCCAAGACUCUUGCUGGUUCUUGUGGGAAGUUUGCUCCCUUUGAAAUUAAAGAGAACAUGGUCCUUGCCCCUCUCUUUCGAGUGGUUUUUGACCAAGAGCUCUCUGAUCAGUUUGACCAACUUUUUAAGGACCAAAAUUCUGAAUUAAACUUUCUGAAAGAUCUCAAGUGCCGUAAACCUCACAGAUCUGGACCUACUUUGCCUUAUGUCCGAAGUCUUAACACUAUUAACAGUCUUUCACUCAGCAGUGAUGUAGUAAUAGUGGAAAGUGGCAAAGUCAGCGAUGUUCCUGAAAGGAAGAAAUUUGGUAGGAUGAAGCUCUUGCAGUUCUCUGAGAACCAUCGGCCUGCAUACUGGGGUACCUGGAACAAGAAAACCUCAGCCAUCCGUCCACGUAACCCCUGGUCCAAAGACAGUAAGCUGUUGGACUAUGAAAUAGAUAGUGAUGAGGAAUGGGAAGAAGAGGAGCCAGGAGAGUCCCUAUCUCAUAGUGAAGGGGAUGAUGAAGAUGAGGGGGGUGAGGAUGAAGAUGAUGAUGAUGGCUUUUUUGUACCUCAUGGGUAUCUAUCUGAAGAUGAAGGAGUAACUGAAGAAGGCGCAGAUCCAGAGAAUCACAAGGUUCGUCAAAAGCUAAAAGCCAAGGAAUGGGAUGAGUUGUUAGCCAAGGGGAAGAGGUUCCGUGUGCUCCAACCAGUGAAGAUUGGUUGCAUCUGGGAAAGCGACAAGAACAAUAAUGCCAAUUCAGAGCUAAAGGUGUUGCAGCAAUUUACAGCUUGUAUUCUGGACACAGUUGUUCCAGAGGAGGAACAUACACCGAAGGUCAACAAAAGAGAGAAGAGGGACCGACAGAUCUUGGAAAAGUUACUCCCAUUAUUGCAUGGGAAUGUGAAUGGAAGUAAAGUGAUCAUUCAAGAAUUCCAGGAGUACUGCCGUCAAGGAUUGUUUAGUAAGGGCACUGGCAGUCCUGAUAGUGACACAGCUAGCCCUACAAGCCCAAGUACUUCACGACCACAGACUCCAACUACUAAUGAGGAUGCUGCUAUACCUUCCAAAGCUAGACUAAAGCGGAUUAUUUCUGAGAACUCAGUGUAUGAAAAGAGACCAGAUUUCAGGAUGUGUUGGUAUGUUCAUUUGGAAGUGCUCAAGAGCUUUGACCAAGAGCACUUACCUGUGCCUUGCCAGUGGAACUACAUCACUCAGGUUCCAUCUACUACUAAAGAGGACAAUGGCAGUGGGCUAAAUCUGGGGCCCACACAGACUACCCCAGUCUCACAAAAGAGAAAAAACACAGGCAGUAUGUCCAUCACUCAUUUCAUGAAGAAACCUAGGCUUGACGAACAGGUUGAAACUCUGGAAAUGGAUGGAUUCCAAGCAGACACUGAAGAAGAGGAGGAAGAUGACACUGAUUGCAUGAUUAUAGAUAUCCCAGUCAUCAGAGAGGAUAAAUCCCCAUGUGGACUUGAUUCUAAGUUUGAUGAUGGUGCAAUGGAAACAGAACCCAAUGAGGACCCCCAGCCAGGCAGCCCAUCUAACAGAACUUAAGACCAUAAACUUACUAAUCCCAUAAUGUAUGUAUGUAGAAUUCUUUAGACUAUUUUAAAAUGUGUAUCAGAUACUUGAAAAUCUUUCCAUUUCUUUUGUAAAGAGAAGACAGCACUUUGUCCUGCUUCACAACCCCUUUGGAGGUUUGAAAGUUUAUAUAGAAUGACUGAUUAGUUCUUUGAUAAUUGUAAAAACAAAAACAAAAAAACCACACGCAAAACAAACUGCAUAUUCAUCUGUCUUUAAUAAAGCAUUAUUGAAAUUUGAUAUUUUGUAUGAGAAAUAACUUGUUUUCUUCUCCAGGCACAGAAGGCAGCCUGUGUUACUGGAUUGUACAUGUUCUGAAAACCCUAGUAGCUUAAAGCCCUUUGUCAAGGAUUUUUUAUAAUUUGUAUAAUGUGGGCUUUUGGAUAUAAAGGUGGAAAUGUAUAAAUGUUUAUUCUAUUCUAUGGUCUCUUUUUUUUAUUUAAUUUUUUAAAAUUAGAAGCUAAAUAGGCAUUAACAAAAAUAUAUGCUACUCCCUAUUUUGUCUUUGAUUUAGCACGUCAACUUAAAAUUCUUUCCAAUCAAUUAAUUAAAAAUUCUU